GCUGCAGCAAUGGUUUGUCUGUUUGUCAUUCACUGAGAAAAUGGUUAAUGAUUGCCUAGUUACCAAGACGACAAGGGAACACGAGCUAAAAUGAAAGAGUAAUAUAAUAGGGAACAUAGGAGUUUUGUAAUAUUUCCCAGCCCUAGAUUGGAUGAUCCACAAUAGGUGUGUCUGUUCCUCCCUAUUUCAAGUUCAGCUCAGUUUCAUGUUACACAGACAACAUUAUGUACAGCAAGAGAUUAAAUCCUGUUUUAUUUUAAUUUAUUGAUAGCACAAAGAUGAAAAGGAGCUACUGCAUGUUUCUUACUUUUUCACUGCUGAUCAACACAAAUAAUGUGUCAGGCGGUGAGACUGAAGUGAUGUCAGUGACAGAGGGAGAGACUGUGACGCUACCCACAGAAGUUGAAAAUCAGAAAGAUCGACUGAUCGUAUGGUACUUUGGACCAGACAAAAUUCUACUUGCUCAAAUCAAUGGAAAGGCUGGCAGCACCUGGACAAAGGACAGAGACGUGAAGCUGGAUAAUCACACUGGAUCUCUCACCAUUCCAAAUGUUACAGCAAACCAUUCUGGACUUUAUAAUCUUAAGAUUACCACCAGCAACAGGCCUUUAUACAAAAAGUUCAUUGUUAAGGUCUAUGCUCAACUUUUCAAUCCAGAAAUCACCUGUGAGAUUUCAAAAAAAAAUUCUGAAGGUUCAUCAGUUUCUCGCUGUAAUCUCCUAUGUUCAGUGGUACAUGUGAGAGAUGUAAGUCUCUCCUGGUACAAAGAAAACAGUUUAAUCUCCAGCAUCAGUGUGUCUGAUCUCAGCAACAGUCUCUCUCUGGAGGUGGACUAUGAGGAUAAAAACGCCUACAGCUGCGUGAUUAACAACACCAUCAGCAACAAGACUAAACAGUUUAACACUGAUGAACACUGUCCGAUAUGUAAAGUUUCUUGCUUUAGAUGGAUAUAUCUUUUAAUGCUGCCUUUUGUAGCAUUUAUUUGCAUAAUUUCCUCUGUUGUGAUAUGCUUCUGUAAAAACAAAGCCGGAUUUCAAAAAGUAAACCUGGAAGCUGGGCAUGCAGAAAAAAAAUCUGCUCUGACCACCACGGAUCAAGUUUGAAAAGGAUUUAAGUUUUAAGAAAUAAAGAUUUAAGUUUUUAUUUCUC